AUGGGGAUAUCACAUUCAACUGCCCGUUGGGUGGCUCCCCUCUCUUUCGCCCUCGACUUCGCAGCCCAGCAAUAUGGCAUGAUGUCUUCCCCAAAUAUGAAAGAUGUCCAUGAUUCCAACCUAUCUUUCUGGUCACCUCAGCCAUACUUCAUUGCUGGCUUCUUCUUCCCGCAACAGUUGUUUCAAUUAGCGUGGCUGUAUCGUCUCUGGAAACUCGAUCCGAAGAAGAGUGCCGAGGAAAAGCAGGAGGUCGAGACGAUGGUCGAUUUUGUUCCUUACUACGCUGUUGGUAAUAUUUGCAUCGGAACAUGGAUGAUAUUCUGGAAUGCCUCUGCUUUGAAGACAGCAAACGUUUUCGUCCUCAUCAACUCCUUCACUCAACUUUAUUACAUCUUUGGGCGACUCCCACCUAUGAACACUCGCUCCACCUCUUCUGUUCUCACGCACAUUGUGUCUAAAACGUUUGCUGGAAUUGGAGUCCUUGAUUUCUUGCACAACGGCUCCGUCGCUUAUUUCGACCAUCAGGGUCCUUCGACCGCGGUGAAGGUCUUGACUGGUCUGGGCUUUGGUGCUCUUGCUACUUCAAGCGAUUGGAUUUUUGGGGGAUGUCUCGUGUACGAUUUGAUAGCGUUAGCUGUAGGUCAGAGAGGAAUCGGUGAGACAUCUUGGAGCAAUUUGUUGGGGGCCUAUGCUGUGGGCGCUGCCGGAAUCGUGGCCGCAAAGAAUUUGGCAAGACCCCCAUACGUCAAGCAAGAUCCUAGUGAUUAUGAGGCUGCUUCAACCGAAGAUGUGGUUUGA